UGGUUCCAGCCUCCUGAGACACACACACACACACACACACACACACACUCCACUAACACCAGCCCGGGCUGGAUCCCUCCUCUGGUCAAGAUUGUUUUCUCUCUCAGCACAACUUCCGAGAGACAGAAAGAGGGAAGAGCAUGAGGUAGCAGGCAGCAGCAGAAGAGAAAGAAGAAGAAGACGUUUAGAGUAUAGUCUUCCCUCCACCCCACCCUCCCCUGGACACUCUCUUCUCCCAGGCUGGGAAGCAGAAAGGCCCCCCACCAGAACUUUCACCUCCGGAGAGGGUGACCUCAAAACGCCAGGUGUGCACACAGUACCUGAUUAAGGCUUCUGAAUAAAUGAAUGAGGGGUCCAAGGAAGACGCACUCCUGCCCUGUCUCGGCAGGGCCUGGGGGGGCCAUGUCCCUCAUCCCAUGGCUUCGGUGGAAUGAAGGCCCCCCGCGGCCGUCAUCCCGGAGGCCGGCUGAGAUGGUGCUGGACACGCUCAUGAUGGAGCUGGCGGGGCAGAUGCGAGAGGCGGAGAGGCAGCAAUGGGAGCGCAGCAACGCGGUCAGGAAGAUCUGCACCGGGGUGGACUACAGCUGGCUGGCCAGCACACCGCGGCCCACCUACGACCUCAGCCCUGGCGAGCGGCUGCAGCUGGAGGACGUCUGUGCCAAGAUCCACCCGUCCUACUGCGGGCCCGCCAUCCUCAGGUUCCGGCAGCUGCUGGCCGAGCAGGAGCCCGAGGUGCGGGAGGUGUCCCAGCUCUUCCGCUCGGUGCUGCAGGAGGUCCUGGACAGAAUGAAGCAGGAGGAGGAGGCCCGCAAGCUGACCCGCCAGUGGAGCCUGCGGCCCCGCGGCAACCUGGCGCUGGCCACCUUCAAGACCCGCGCGCGCAUCUCUCCCUUCACCAGCGACAUCCGGACCAUCUCGGAGGACGUGGAGCGGGACACGCCGCCGCCGCUCCGGACCUGGAGCCUGCCCGAGUUCCGGGCGCCCAAAGAGGACUGACCCGUGCCCUACCCUGCCCGGGAGCCAAGAACACCUGCGGGAGGGCAUGAUAGGCCGGUGACCGGGUCCGAGUCCUGGAACCUCCCCACCUGCCCUCGACAAGGGGCCCAAGAGGUGGCCCCGUCCCAAGACAGCCCUGUAAGAUGCAGCAACCCUCUGGCCCACACUCUGCCACCAGCCACACGGCUCAGGGUCAGGGCUUGGAGCCGCAGCGGGCCCCCCUUCCUCCCUUGCGAAAGUCGAAGUCCGCUGCAGCGUCCCCUUCCCUGCCUCGCAGAGAUUCAGGGUUUUGGCAGAAAGACCCCGGCCCCAUCUGUCCGGAAGGGGAAGAGUUGCCCUUUUUGCCAAGACCUGGGUUCUCAUCCCCAAUUCAAGGAUGUCCUACUCACCCCCUCACCCUGGGUAAUGUGGGACUUGUUGGGUGACGUCCAUUCUUUGCUGUGACUGGCUGGUUUCACCACUGCUGAUGGGUCACAGCCCCAUGGUCAGGCAGAGUUGAAAGGGACCACAAAGGCCAAUAGGUCCACUGUCCUCAGCUAGUGAAAUGCAUAAACGGAGGCUCAGAGAGGGCCUCAUUCUUACACCUUAAACUGCAGCCAGUGAGGUUGUUCCUGUAGGCAUAGUCUCUGCCCCUGAGUCCUUGAGUGCUGGGCUAUGAUGGGACAGACCCAAGGGCCAUGUCUCCACCCCCUGUGGUCUGACACAUCUCCUACCUUGGAAUUGGCAUGAGGGUCUAAGGUGGCUGGGAUCAGAAGUAGGCUACCCUUGCCCCACCCCAGAGUGUCAUCAUGUAGGAUGUAGCCAACACCUCGCAGCUCCUUCCGGAGGUAGAGCUUCAAGGCCUUCCUACUCGCUGCUCUGAGAGCCCAGGUCUCUGAUUCCAGGGCACCUUCUGUAUCUGGUCACACGUGCUCUUUGGCUGUCCUCAAGGAAAGUGAUGCUUAAACCCCUAACUGGCCUCAAAGAACCAAGUGAAAGUUCUAGAAGAGCCUCCCUACAGGCUUCAUUUGGUGUCCUUCCAUUUCUAAUACGGUUAGACCUUUAUAAUGGACAUGUGGUGCUCCGGUGUCUGGAAAGUCUAGUGGCUUCCCCACAUACCCAGGGCUGAAGUGGGGUGUGGUGGGAUGGUGGAGGAAGUGUCUGUCCCCAACUAUCAGUGCAUGCUCAGAAAAUGCAAGUGGAUCUUAAUAUUAGUCUAAAUAAAAUGCCAGGAGAUCAGUCAACAGGGAAAAAAGUCCAAAUAUUCCCUGACCAAGCUCAGUAGAAAAAAACUUUUUUAAUCAUCUGGUUUGGGAUUAUUUUCAUUCAAGUCUGGACAGAAAAUCAUAAGAUGGUGGAAAACCCCUUAUCGAACACUAUCAAGAUGAAGGAGUUGUCUCAUUACAUAAUUGGUGGCAGUUGAAAACCACUUAAAUAGGGGCACUGGGGUGGCUCAGUCGGUUAAGCAGUCCAAUUCUUGAUUUCAGCUCACGUCAUGAUCGCAUGGUUUGUGGGUUCGAGCCCUGCAUGGGGGUUCCAUACUGAGUG